UUGGAAAAUUGAUUGGGGUAAUGAAAAAACCGAUGGUUUAUUUCUUGUCGCUCGUCGUGAUCAAAAAUGGCGUGGAGGUUUCUUCUCUUGUAAUGGAUUUGAUGCUUAUGUUCCGAAACAAGUGGCAUCGGAUUUGACUUAUUCUAAUGUUUGGAAACAUCUUCUGUCCGUGCAUGAAGAAACUCCAUUACAUUUAUUACUGUGGGGAGGUGAUCAAAAUUAUAUUGAUUUUAUUUUUGAAGAUAUCCCAUUUCUUCGUGCUUGGAUCAAUAUGGAAUGGAAUCAAAAAUGGACGACUGAUUUUCGAGAUGAUUUAAAAGAACAAGUUGAACAAUAUCAUUUUAAUACUUAUGCACAAAAUUGGGAUCGUCGUGCCGAAGUGAAAAGAGCUUUAACAUCGAUUCCUAGUCUAAUGAUGUGGGAUGAUCAUGAUAUUUUUGAUGGAGUUGGAUCUUAUCCUCCCUUACUUCAUGAUAGUCCAAUGAUGAUGGGAUUAUUUCAAGCAGCACAGAAAAUGCGACUUCUUUUUCAACAUCAUACUACACCAGAGAAAGCUCGACAGCAUCAUUUAUUUGGACAUGAAGGAUAUAAUUUUUUCUCUCGUUGUGGUCCACAUUUAGCGAUCAUUGGUGCUGAUGGACGAACUGAACGUAACACACAAACUGUUCAACAUGAAAAGACAUGGGAUAUGAUUUUCAAUAAACUUGAGAAUGAUCUUGAAGAAGUCGAACAUCUAAUCAUUUUAUUUCCUGUUCCAUUUUCAUUUAUUCGUGUUCAUAUUGCUGAAUCGAUUUUCGAACGUUUAAAAAAACUUCCGAAUAAAAGUCGACAUGUUCCACUUAUCCGAAAAACAAAUUCAAUCUUCGAUUUACCUGAACUUUACGAUGAUCUUCUUGAUGAAUGGACUCAUGCAGAUCAUAUUGACGAGCGAAAUCGUGCUCUUCUUCGUUUUCAAAAAAUUGCCGAAGAGAAAAAAGUUCGAAUCAGUUAUUUUAGUGGUGAUGUGCAUUGUUGUGGUAUUAGUCGAUUUCAAACGAAAGGAUCUCAUCCACCAUUACCAAUCAAUGAUGCUAAGCUAAUGUAUCAGAUUAUUUCAUCUGCUAUUGUCAAUAUGCCUCCAUCGAAAAUGGCCAUUCGCGUUGCUCAUCAUUUCAAAUCUAAAUGGAAUCCAGUCGAUAAUACUGAAGAAGAAGUGAUUGAUUUUUUUGAAAGAGGACCAGAAAAUGGAAGAAAAGUUUUUCAUAAAAAAUUUCGUCCUAAUCGCAAUUGGUGCUAUUUCGAACAGUGUUCAAAUAUCCUGAUGUCCGCUGUCACUAUUGUUCAAACGCGAUGUCUUCAUUGCUUUCCAUGCAAAGAGAAUCUUGUUGUACCAACCAGUUUAGGUCCAACCUCUAAUCAAAAAGGUCAUGGUAGUCAACAACCUCCGAUUCAUGACCAUACUAAUGGAGAAUUGUGUCAUCAGAUUAUUCAAAUGGACAAACGACAGAUUGGAAGUCAUGAUUUGAGAGUUCGAUUAUGGUUAGAGAGCGCUCAUAAGCAUCAAGAUGGGAGACAAUUUGUUGGUUAUGAUCUUCUCAUUCCUGAUCUCAAAUAA